UUCUCCCCAGCUGGUCCUUUCCAACUCCAACCAACCCUCCCCACCAAAGAAAAAGAAGAGAAAACCAGGAGAAACCUCCUACCCCUUCGCUUCAGUUCUCAUUGUUUUUCUACUUCUCGUGAAGAAGGAAAAGAAAAGCAUCUUUUAAUCUCCCAUGGAGUUCUCCAGAACACGUGAAGACCUCGUUUACAUCGCCAAGCUCUCUGAACAAGCCGAACGCUUUGAAGAUAUGGUGGCUACAAUGAAAAAACUAGCGGAGCUUGAUGUGGAACUGACCGUAGAGGAGCGAAACCUGCUCUCAGUUGGGUACAAGAACGUGAUCGGUGCUCGAAGAGCAUCGUGGAGGAUCUUAUCUUCCAUUGAGCAAAAAGAAGAGACCAAAGGGAAUGAGCAAAAUGUUAAACGAAUUAAAGGGUACAGGCAGAACGUGGAAUUGGAGUUGUCCAACAUUUGUAAAGAUAUUAUGGGUGUGAUCAAUGAGCAUCUCAUUCCUUCUUGCAUAGGAGGAGAGUCCACUGUGUUUUACUAUAAAAUGAAAGGGGAUUAUUAUAGGUAUUUGGCGGAGUUUAAGAUGGGUGAUGAGAGAAAUGAGGUUGCUGAUCAAUCCAUGAAAGCAUAUCAGUCAGCAACUACUACAGCAGAAGCUGAGUUGGCUCCUACACAUCCAAUUCGGUUGGGUUUGGCCUUGAACUUCUCUGUCUUUUAUUAUGAAAUUAUGAACUCUCCUGAAAGGGCAUGUCAUCUUGCUAAGCAAGCUUUUGAUGAAGCUAUCUCGGAGUUGGAUACUUUGAGUGAGGAGUCAUAUAAAGAUAGCACAUUGAUCAUGCAGCUCUUAAGAGACAACCUUACUUUAUGGACUUCUGACAUCUCAGAGGAUGGAGAAGAAGCUCAGAAGAUUGGUGCUGCUAAAGGUGGUGACGGAGAGGAAUGAAGUUGUCUAAGUGGGUUGCAACCUGUGUCAUGAAAGGAAGUAGCACCUCUGUAACUCUAGGAGUUACACCCAGUUUUCAGAAGAGUUUCAACUAUUUUCAUUUUCUGAUUAGCAUCUGGGUGUUUUAGCUAUGACUGUUGGAUGUUUGGACUGUCAAGUGUUGAUUACAUUUUUACAUUUUCUGCAGCCUAUCAAGUACAUCCCUCUGAAUCAAAAUAGAAACACUUUCAGGGAUACUUUUUCUGCUUCAUUUGCUGCUUUGUUCAUUGAAAUUCCAAACCCAUUUUUGGAAAAA